GCUGCAACUAUCAUGGCCUACGUUCCUCCGCAUAAGCGACCUUCGAAGGAGAGCGUUAGCCCGUCCCCUGUUCCCGCGUCGCUUUCACAACAGUUCAAGAAAGGUUUAAGCUUUAGGUCGCCUGAAAAUAAUGCUCAUCAGAGUGGGAAGAUCGCCAAUGCAAACACGACAAUAUAUAGAUGGUUGACUGUUGGUUUGGACUUUGAUGGAGAUCACCUUCCUUGUGGCGUCUUUCUCAAGCCGGUCUCGGUUGAGGCCAUUGCACCGAUAUCAGGGGAGAAACUGCUAAGUCUGCUAGCCUUAGGCAAAAGUCGUAUGGUUAACGAAGAAGAUGAAACGGGUCAGGACCACUGGAAGAAACCUUGGGAACAUAUAGCCGAAACUGUGAUGCAAGAUUUAGUCUCUUCAUUCGAAGUUGUGAGGAGUGAGAUUAAGGGCCCGAGCUUUGUACGAAUAAAACCAAUGCUGGUUGCUAGAUUCGGGAAAAAUCUUUUUCGUGGGACUCCUCCAUUUCCGGUGGAAGCUUGUGGAGAUAUUGUUACAGAGAAUUCAUUGAAACAGCGGAAAAAAUUAUUUUACACAAACCUUCCUUCUUCUUUUGUGGAAGAUGUGACUCAGAGAAUUAUCACAGAGAUUGGCCUUAGUUUUGAAGAUGAAAAAGAUAGAUAUAUUGUCCUGUUAUCUGACAAGUCCAGGCCAGAUGUGACCAUCACCUGCAAAUGUAAUGUCAUUAAGGCAGAUCAGAGACUCGAACUCUAUAAGGUCGAAUUAAAUCCGGUGCGACGCCUGGUAGUUGAUGUAUCGUGCCUCAAUAAAGAUCUGGAUAUGAGGUUGAUGUUGUUCAACAAGAGAAUCUUGACGGCUAUUGAUGAAAAUGCAAAGAACAGCAUUAGUGAUUUGAUUACUUCUGCAGUUUUAGAUUCUAAUGUUAAGGGGGGUUUAAGAUGGCCUCUGGGGAAGGCAUCUUCUGGAGAUAGAUACAGUGUUGUUGGAAUGUGGCAUACAAUCUCUAAGAGAUAUAAGAACUCAUCCAUGAAGCUGGAGGCUAGACAUGCUGACCGGUUCGAGUUUGGGAAUUCCCAUGGAGAAGUUACUGAAGAAGUCGAACUAUAUUUGAAGGGAAUAAUUUCUGAAUUGCACGGACAGAGUGUGGGAACUGAUUCAAUCUCUGAUAUGCUUAAAGAUGCCGUAAAGAUGAUGUGGGAGCACUUCUUAUCUUGUGGAUAUCCGGUAGUUUGAAUCAGCCUUUCUGUUUCUCAGUGUGUGUGUGUGUGAGAGAGAGAGAGAGAGAGAGAGAGAGAGAAUGUAAAUGAAAGUCAUGGUGAUUGUGUGUGUUUUGUGAGAAAAUACGAAUGCCAAACUGAGAAUGUACCAUUCUCUUUUUAAGCCUUGUGGGUAUGAAUUUGAUA